UUGUAUUACAUAUAUACGCAUUAAAACUACUAUGGAUAUACAAAAUAAUAUAUUGAAAAAUAUACAAUUGUUUAAAACCAUUUUAUAAAAUUAAAUGUAUAUCGACAAAUACAUGUUUGCGAUAUCAUCGCAUUCAUUUGUAUCUUAACCUUACUUUAUGUGCCAGGUGAAAUCUUUCACUGUUAUUCCAGACUUUUAUAAUUGUUUCAACUUUUCAAUCUAAAAAUGAGUUCCCGAGGUAAACUAGAAACAGAAAAAUUAAGAAGAAAUUUAGAAGCGCAAUUGGACAGAUUAGUACAGCAAUUAGAAGAUAUAGAAGAAAAUCGGAAUUUAUUAGAUGCAGAUGCUUAUGAAGAAGCUAUGCAGCUUACAAAAGAAGAUUUACAAAGUUUUAAUGAAAGUUUACAGAGAAUGAUAUCAGGAGAUACAACAUUAGUCGAUGAACUAAGUUCAAUACAAUUGGCAACACAGUCAGCAAUCAGUGAAGCAUUUAAAACUCCUGCUGUUAUUAGAAUGUUUGGUAAACGAGAAACAGCACAGCUUAGAACACGUUUAGCUCAAUUAGAUUGUGAUAUGAAACUUGGAAAACUAAGUACAGAGGCUAGCGAUCGCCAACGCGGGGAGAUAUUAAAUGCAUUAAGACAACUUGGAGAAAAAUUGGAACCUCAAGAGCUACAAUUAUUGGAAAAAUUAAGGUUGAAUAGUAUUGAUACAACAAAUUAUGUGCAAAUAACUGAAAGUACAGAGAAAGGUCAAAUGGCCAUAGCAGUAGUAGGUGAUGAAGUUAGAACACAGAAUACUUAAAUUUUUAGUUGCUUAGAUUUUUCGUAUAAAAUAUAUAAAUUAAUGAUUCGGACGAAUUGUACGAGAAUAACUUGUUUGUAAUAGUUACAUUACAUAAUUUAAUUAGGGACAACUUUUAAUAUAAAUAUAAUAAAUAAAAUAUAGGCUAUACAAGUAAAUUGUAUAACAUAUUAUUUUACAUUAAUACGUUAUUUUUUAUGAAAUAUAAACCUAAUUCACAUUCGUUUCUAGUCAUAUUAUGCUAUUAUUGCAUAAUGUAUGUAAAAUAUGUAUAGUUUUAUUCAACCGUCAUAUUUAUAAAUUAUUUACAAAUUCAAGGAAAUAUACGUAUAUUUACGCAUAUAAUACGAGACAUAUAAUUCUUGUAAAUAUGUAUACACACAUAUGUGAUAUAAACAUAUGAAUAAUGAGUUACGAAUAUUUGGUCUUAAUACUGAAUAUCAGAGUUACAUAUUAUUUCAACAUACAGUAUUUUAAAACGAUAAAUGUAUCUUACUGGCAUUAAAUGUGAAAUUAAAAAAAUCAAAAAAAUUCAAUUUUUACGAUAUUGUUUAUUAUCGGACCCAAGACCGGUAACGUUAGGGAAUGACACGAUUCUUUAUGACAUUGUUCCGCUUCUGCUGAAAUUUCCAAAGCAAAUUUUUUCGGUUGCAAAGUCGCGCUUGGCGACUCGCCUUCAAUACUUAGCUUUAUUUGAAGUCUCAAACAUAAAAAAAAAUAGUAGUUACAAAUAACAGCAGAUUAAACAUUUGUUUGUAUACAUGUUACAAAUACUUCCAUUUAAGGAAAAAGUUUACAAAACAAGUGUCACUUUACUGUCAAGAAUAUAUUAAUGUGCUUCUACAAAGUA